UGCUGGCAUGUCUUCUCGCCACCUCUGUAGCAGUCCCACUCAAGGACAUUGCGACGACCACCAUGAACAUUGAGAGCGAGCUCUCUGCAUCUUCUGAUCAUUUUGUUGUCACCGUUAAUCGAGUCGACGACCUUUUCGAUGAUGACGACUCAUUUCUGGGCGAACGUGUCAUAGGUGUCAUGAUGCAUUUCGAUAUACAAGACGACAAACUUCUCGUAAACAACGUUCCCGUACCGCUCAACACGACGAGUUUGGAAAUAAUUCAGGCUGAAAUCUCAACUGGUGACAAGAAAAUCGAGGAUAUCGAAAAGUCCUUCGACAUUGGACUCCUUACUGUCGAAGUCACGACCGUUGUUCAGCCUUUGCCCAACCCUGCAUCGAAUGUUGAUGCGCAACGCAUUACAAUUAACGCCAGAAUCAUUGAAGUCGAUGGAUCUGAUGUCAUUCAGACCGAGGUCGUCGAAAAGAUAAUGGAGGUCAAGAUACACAAUGUCUUGGAUGAUGACAACGAAGGUACUGAAGUUGUGUCCGUUGAAGAGGGAGAGGUCACUGUUUCUCAAAUCGGCACCCUUGAGAGUUCAGCAACCGACCGUCAACGAAUCGACUGUCCCUUCAAGAACAAGGCCAGCCGUAUCCGCCAGUGGUGGCGAUCCACCUCUCGUUUUACACGCAUCGUCAUAACUUCGAUGGGACUCACUACAGCCUUUGGGAUUAUAUUUAUCGGUAUUCCAACAUUAAUUAAAUAUUGCCGCUCUAAAAGCCGAUACGAGAUUGUCUCGUCGGACUCGUACGACGAAGAAACCACCCAAGUAAUAUACAUAGCAGAUGCAGAAAAGCAUGACUAUCCUGAAUGUACAGCGAAUAGUGAGGCAAAAUGA